AUGGGGUAUAACAACUCUCAUAUAGGUUUUGUGUGUUAUGAUGUUUCUAAUCACCGUUUUCGAGUUUCUCGGAAUGUUACAUUUUUUGAUAAUCAAUAUAUGUUUCAUUCUAUUUCUCCUGCCACAAAUGAUAUUGCUAUUCCUCCUAAUUUUUCGGUUAUGCCUCGAUCUAUAGAACGUUACAAACCAGGAAUCACAUAUGCCAGACAACGCAGAAAACAGGUUCCCACUGCCUCUCCCGACACCAUGGUAGACAGAAUCGCGAUCCAACUCGUAGGAUCGGACGAUUCUGCGAUCUUGCAUCCCUAUUCCGUGUCGGAGUAUGGCCAAAAUCGUUUUUUGGUGGGCACGGCCAAGAUCGUCGCGCUUUCUCGUGAAAUCGCUGGAAUCGGCGCUUCUGAGCGCUUCUGUUCAUCUUCCCCAAGAAUCCGGGCUGUUAAAGACUUGCGCUGGAUAAAAGCAAUGAAUGAGGAACUUCAGGCCCUUCAAGAGAAUUUUACAUGGGAUAUUGUCUCUUGUCCCCCUGAUAUCAAACCCAUAGGAUGCAAAUGGGUGUAUUCUGUGAAAUUGAAUUCUGAUGGGUCUCUCAAUCGUUUCAAGGCUCGAUUGGUUGCCUUAGGAAAUAAGCAGGAAUAUGGAAUUGAUUAUGAUGAGACAUUUGCACCGGUUGCCAAAAUGACAUCGGUUCGUACGGUACUCUCUAUAGCCGCUUCUAAUGGAUGGUCUUUUCAUCAAAUGGAUGUGAAAAAUGCGUUUCUUCAUGGUGACCUGACGGAAGAUAUCUAUAUGACUCCUCCUCAAGGCUUAUUCUCGUCAUCUAAAGUGAUGUCGAUUGGGCAGGGUGUCCUGAUACUCGACGAUCGGUCACAGGUUGGUGCAUGUUUCUCGGCUCUUCAUUGA